CUGCAUGUCACAAGGUCUAAGGGAAACGAGCUGACCCUCAGCCUACUUCCACCGAGCCAAAUUCUGAUGGGAUUCUUAAAUAGCUUUGGCAAACAAUUCUGUUUCUUUUGGACUUGAUGAAUGUUUCUGAAAACAUCUUAUUUUUCUUCCUUUAUUUUGCUACACGGUCACCAACAGAAGCAGCUUGAAAUCAAAUGAUGAGGAUCUGAAAGCGAGAGGGAGAAAGAGAGAGACUGCAAAAGACCAUCUGGGAAACUGUUAAGCAGGAAAAGUUUAAAUCACCCUACACCAGUGGUCUCCAACCUUUUCAAGUAGCAGAUCAUCUUUGGCAUUUUAAAAGCAACCUGAGAUCCACCGUGCAUUGCCACCACCCCUGCCCUUCCCCUCCCCUCCCCAUCCCCCAGCCUAGCAGGUAAGUUUGUGGGGAGGGAAGGAAGGGGGCAGAUUGAGGCAGAGAGAGAGAAAAUUAUUUGGGCACACACCACCCUAGCAGGUAAGUCCCACCCAGCCAGGGCCCCACACAACUUAUUCCUGCUCCUGCCUCUGCAGCACUGUCCCUUACCGCAGCGGCCUCGAUCAAGCCCCCGCCCUUUCCCUCCCCCACAGACUGAUCUGCCGGACUGGGGGGUGCAUGUGCAGGCAUGCAAACACUCAGACCCCCACCCCAACCUUGGAUCUACUUCAAGAGGUUCUGAGAUCUACUGGUGGAUCAAGAUCCACUGGUUGGUGACCUCUGCCCUACACCAAGACUUUGCAACCUUGGUUUAUCAGCUGUUCAAUCAGUCACUUUCAUUCUGAGAAAUAUCUUUCAUCCACAGUGCCUCAUGUUCUGAAUAUCCAUUCCCUAGAAUCCAGUACAAAACAUUGUACCUGGUAUAUUUCAGGGAAGAGUAGGGGGAUUCAUUUUAUUUAUUUAUUUAUUCAUUUGAUUAAUAUGCCAUGCUUCCCAACAAGGUACAGUACAAAAACCAAAUAACUUAAAAACAGGAGAGCGACAAGAGAACCAAAACAACUUAACAAGGUACUAGAAAGUCUCCUAAACAUGCCAUCUUAGUUUUGUUUGGUGCAUGCUUGCCCAUAUGCAAAGGUCUUAUAGUGCUUCUGACAGAUUUUCGGGCUUUGGCUGUGGCAAGCUUUAAGAGGGAGGGAGUUCCAGAGCUGAGGAGUGACUGCAGAGAAUGACUUCAGCAUGUUUUCACCAACCAGACCUGGUUUCGUAAUGGUACUUAUAGGGCAUUGCUCUUGCCUGACCUUAUAGAUCAUGAUGGCAUGUAAGGAUGUCACAAAUAGGUUUAGUUUCUCUAUGGCACAUUGUUUCACCUAUAUUCUCCUCCAUCCUCACUUAUUUCUGACAUCCCAAAUUAUGGUCAAAAUGCAGAGUUUACAGGAUUAUGUUCCACAGUUCUGUCUCCUGGUUAUCUUUUAGAACUCUAACAACACAGAGGAAACCCUAAAGUUUAUUAAUUUUCUGCAACAAUAAUUCUGUAUGGGGGAAUGAAGUAGAAUGAAGUAAGGAAUUUAAAUGGUUUUAGAGGGGAUAAAAGUACCUCUAAUUCUCAUGCAUCUUAUAAUUAUGUCUGCAGAGCAAAUACCAGGGAGCGAGAAGGGCUUUUUAAGCUAAACAGUAUCAACCCAAGAUCAAACAUUGAAAACCUAGCUAUGAACAAAUUUAAACUAGAAUUUAGAAGCAAGUUUCUAACAAGCAGAGGAGUGCAGUUUUGGAAUGAUCUUCCAAACAAAAUAGUGGCAAAUCGGAGUCGCUUGGGGGUUUAUGCAAAGGUAAUAUGAUGGAAUGGGUGAUCUUGGGUCAAUAAUCCAUAUAUAGUCCAUACAUUGUGUGGAUUCAAGUAUAGUAUAUCCUAUCGUGUUUGGAAGAAACAUACCUAUCUGGAGGUGUCUGGUAAUCCCAGGCUUCUACUGUUACCUGCAUGUUCCAAGAAGAAAUUUGUUCAGUCCUGGAUGCUUUAUUGGCUUUGGCACAGGGGAAGGUGUUUUCCUUUCUCUAAACAUGUGGACAUUGGCUACAGCUAGAGUGGGAGUUUUGACUUGGGUGCUUCUGCCAGUAUUUGAAAGCAUAUCAGGUAUCUGGCUGGACAAUCCUGCUGUUCCAUUCAGGGUCAAACCAAAAGCCAGAUCUGGGGUCAGGAAGGAAUUUUUCCCCAGGUCAAAUUAGCAAGGACUGCAGGGUUUUUUGUCCCCCUCUGUAAUGCAGGGUACAUAUUCAUGUAAUAGCUUCUCUUCCACUAUAGAGGCAGGCUAGUAGGUGCACCCUUAUCCUCCUUGCUUUUUUUCCCCCCUGUGGCACUCUGUAGGGUGUCUGGGUGCUUGUUUUCAUAACCUGCUUUGUUACUGUGGUGGGUGUAAGGGGCUGGAGUGGGCAGUUUUUAGAUCACUGGAUAAAUGGUUGCACAAAUGAUGGUCUACUCAACAUCCCAAAAGCCCCAUUUCAUUCCCAUAGAUUUUCUUUCUACUCUUCUUAUCCAAGAUGUUUAUAUAUCAACAGCAAAGAAUGUAAAUGUCAGGAGUAUUGGUACAAAUAUAUAAACAGACUAAACUGAGAUAAUAUUCUUGUUCUGUUUUACGUAGCCAGCAAAGACUGGCGUUUUGUCACUGAAUGAUUCCAGAGUUGAAAACCCAGGGUGCUGUAAGUAACCAACAGAAUUCCUCUUCUAACUUGCACGAAUAAUGCCUGACUCUCCUCUGAAUGACUUUACAUGGACCAUAACGUUUCAUACAUUAAAUCAAUAAAUGUUCCAUUCUCCCUGAACAGUAGAAGCCAAAAAUGACAAGUAAAGACACAGGCUGUCAAUACUGCAUGGAAUCCCUUCGAGGAAGGAAGUUUGCACUGAAAGAAGAGAAUGCUUACUGUGUUACAUGUUACGACAGCCUUUUCGCCAACUCCUGCGAAGAGUGCAAGAUGCCUAUUAAAUGUGAUUCCAAGGACCUCGCCUAUAAAGGCCGCCACUGGCAUGAAGCGUGUUUCAAGUGUGCCAAAUGCAAUCACUCUUUGGUGGAAAAGCCUUUCGCUGUCAAGGACGAGCUCUUGCUGUGUACUGAGUGUUAUUCUAAUAUGUAUUCAUCUAAGUGUUUCCACUGUAAGAAGACCAUUAUGCCUGGUUCUCGUAAAAUGGAAUUUAAAGGAAGUUCCUGGCAUGAAACCUGCUUUGUUUGCCAAUACUGCCGGCAACCAUUAGGAACAAAGCCUUUGAUUACACAGGACAAUGAGAAUUAUUGUGUGCCAUGUUUUGAGAAGCAGUUUGCUCACCAUUGCUACUCCUGCAAGAAGGUAAUAACUACUGGCGGGGUGACCUUUAAUGACCAACCAUGGCAUAAAGAAUGCUUUCUGUGUGCUGGCUGUAAGCAGCAGUUGUCUGGACAACGCUUUAUUUCCAAAGGCGAAUAUCCAUAUUGCUUGGACUGCUUCAGCAAUCUUUAUGCAAAGAAAUGUUCAGCCUGCAACAACGCUAUUACUGCUCUUGGAGACGCCCAGUUUAUCUCAUUUGAAGACCGCCAGUGGCACAGUGAAUGCUUUAACUGUGUUAAAUGUUCCAUCUCACUGGUGGGUCAAGGAUUCCUUACCCAGCAGGAUGAUAUCCUUUGUCGUGAAUGUGGCUCAGCUAUGUAGUUAGAGAAAGAGAUGCAUUAUUCUCACACAUUCUAGCCAUGUACUUCAUUACCCUGUAGUGAGAAAUUCUUCUAAAUGAUACAGUAGUUCUUUAGUCAUUCAAGUCACUAUUAACAAUUUAAUUCUGUCACAAGGCUCAACUGCUCUACGCAUGCUUUAUAUCAUGUAAAAAGAUUUUAAGCCAAACAGUACUGGCUAAGCAAACUAUUCAAAAGGGAUUUGUAUAUACUUUUAACCUAAAUACAGUUCAUUUCUUCUUAUAACACAGUGAACUCUGCUGUUGAGAGCUUAAAAAUUUACAUUUUAUCUUACUUAAACCAAAAAUGAACAUGAAAGUCUAUAUUGAAGGGAUGAUCUGUGACAUUAGUGAGGUGAUACCAGUACUCUACUAAUUCAGACUCUAGUGUAGAAAAGUAGGGACAGUUGUUCCCAACUAAGCCAUAAUAUUUAAUCAGAAUAAUGGCCCACUUCCCUCCUAUGCCUCAACGCUGCCAUGCAGACAAAGGCAUCAACUGACAAACCUUGCCAUGUGCAGCAGCUAGAAGGAGAAAUGCCUGCGGUACAGAAAAAAGAGAAAAGCUGCCUUACUUCUUCAAAGCUAGCAGCUAGCCAGUCCAAGGCCAAGAGGAUCAAGAAAAGGGUGAGCUUACAUUUCUUCCACAGCCUUCAUUAAUCAAUAUAUUACAGAGCUGCUAAAGAGAUAUAUAAUGUUUACACUCAUUUUAAGAUAAACCAGAAUUCCUUUACACAGCUGUAUUCUCGGGCAGUGAACCACUUGCUUUUCCAGAUUUUUGAAUGUCAAUAUAUUGUAUGUUAAAUAAGCAGCUUGUAAAAAAUGUGAAGUUCUGGCAUGCCAUGGGUGUGCAUCAAAAGUUUGAGGUGCAUAUUUAGAGAUUCCAGAGAUAAAUGACAUUUUUAUGACUGCCAUUUCCUAUUUGUUGAUAAACAGUUUCUGUUGAUCUCCUAGGACAUAAUAUAACAGAGUUGAGCAAACAUCUGCCAAAAAUGGUUUAAGUAUAGUUGAUUCUGAUUUGAGGCUAGGGACAAACAUUACACAUAAACCAGUUUAAGUGAUCAGAAAAUGGUUUAAACCUGCAACAGAGUAGAUGUUCCAUGUACAUAAACCAGUUUGAAAGUGGCUGAAACCAGUUUGAGAUAAACUUGAUUGAAUGUCAUAUCAGACUUAACUGAUUUGCCUCAAACGGGUUUAUGCAAUGUCUGUCCCAGACCCCUUGCUGGUUGCAGUUAAAUCAGACUCCCCCAGCGACCCAGCAUGCUCUCUGGGCUGGGCAGGGCUCUUUGCUCCACAGCAGGGCUGGCCCCUUCCCUCUGCUCCGUGACUGGAGCUCGGCAGAGACUGCAGGUGUCUUCCUGCCUUCCCCCUCCCCACUCCCUGCUAAGCAGGGAUUCCUCCGAUCUGUCUUAUACAGGCACACAACAGACCACAUACUGGCUACAAUCUGGGCUGUGGCAGAUUGGACAAAUGCAGAAUCAACAGGUAGCUGGUAAUGUCCCUCUGUUGUUUUCUUAAUGGGAUGAUAAACACUGAGUUAGGGGUGAUAAGCACUGUGUUAUCAAUUUCCUGCUGAACUGCUCAGGGAGGGUGGGGGGACCCCUCCCUAAUCAAAGCAUCCUGCCAGGGCUUGGCCAUGUCUCCCUCAGUUCAGCAUUAUGAAAGGGAAGGGAGGGCUGCUCUAGGACACCCCGGCUUCUAGCCUGAGCUGCUGCAGGCACAUGCCUGCUUAUUUCAGUCCAGAGGGGAUGUCUGUACGGUUACAAACUGGUUCAGCCUAGCCAGGUAAGACUAACCUGCAAAGAUUGAAUCAAUUCAGGCUCAGGCUUUUUGAAUGUCUGUCCCUAGCCUUAGUGGCUAAUUUAUGCUCUGAAAUCAUACAUGCCUUAACCCCCCACUGCCAUACACACACACACUUUUAAGAUUUUAUUCAUGGAAAGAGCUGGAUAACAACCUGACCUAACCCAAAGUGAGUUAUCUUCAUUUAUUAUUUUUCUGUAUAAGUUUUCCACUGAAUAUAAAUACAUAAAAAUAUGCUUUAGUCUUGCAUGAGACUGAUCAUUACAGAUCAUUUAGAGUGCAAAAUACCUCAACUAGCACAUAUAUGCCUUAAAACUAGAACAGCCUAGCUUACCCUAGUAUUUAGAACACACAAUAAAAGUCAAUUCUCUUUCUUAAGCAUAGGCAUGGCUUAAGUGUGGUCUGCUUCCUGUUGGUCCAGCUACCUAUUCCUUGCACUCAAAAACUCAUUCUUCAAGAAUCCAUCUGUUCUCAUUAGUAGCAAUUUAUCCUUGCUCUCACUUCCUGCAACUUUGGCCUUGUGCCUUUUUUCAUAUAAGCUUGCCUUGUCUGUAUUAUACUGUAAGAACCGGAUUCUCAUAAACCUUGCAAAAAACUGAUCUUAGGCCGAAAUUAGGUGUUUUAGUUAUAAAGCAUGAUCCUACUCAACACCAUUUAACAGUCACAAAACCACUUAAGUGCCCAAGGCACUUCCAUUUUGACUUGACAUCUUUUCCUAGAUUUCUGUGCCUGCUCAGACCCAUAUCAUCUGGGCAACUCACUCCUGCAAGCUCCAUUGCAUUCCAGUCAACUUGGAUAGUUCUAGGUUGUAAGCAACUAAGGUCCAUCCAAGUCAGAUUCCUUAAGUGGAGAAAAACCAGGCUAAACAACUGUAUGCUUGCUUUCAGAAUCGGUACAAAACACUGGCCACCUUUUGGCUGAAUAGCCUUGUGGCAACAGUGAAAAACAGGUGUCAGUGCUGUUAUAAGUUAGAUAUGUUAGUUCAUACGGAGACCCUGCUCUUCCCUCAGGUAACAUAGCCCUUAGCAAUCAGCAGCGACUUACUAAAGCUCAGAGGAAGAGCAGAAACAUUUCCUAUUCAUUGUAAGCAUUUCCCUGUUGAGGGACUAGGCAACCCUUGAGAGGUACCGUGUAUCUCAUUCACUAUACAGGCAGCCUGGCCCCUAACAUGGUGACUAGCAUCAAUACCCUGAAGCAAGGCACCUCAGUUUCAAGCACUGGAGGAGCCUUGCAGGUUAGUUAGGAUCUAGGCCAAAAUUCUUUAGGACAAGGAACAUGCCUCGCACCCUCUAAAGUGCUACCUCCAUCUACCAGUAUAUCACUUCUAAUACAUACAAUACAAUUGUGCAUCCCUCCCUUAUAUCAAUAGUGUGAUGCAGCUUUGUUCCUCAGCACCUUUAGAGAGGGUUUCACCAGCUUGCUGAGCUUCUGCACUAAUAGGUUCUGAGUUUAAGGCCAUCUAGACUGAUCUUGAAACUGUUUCUUCCCUUCAGUGUUCCAUAUUGUCCUGUCAUUAAACUAUUAGGCUAAGUACAGACAGUCAAAAAGCCCAAGGCUGAAUUGAUUCAGUCUUUGCAGGUUAGUCUAAAAUGCAGAGAUUACAUUGAAAGAGAAGUGAACAGACAUUUACCUUUGAUUCAGGAAAUGCAGCCACAUGCCAGAAGCCAGGGGAUACCGGAGCAUGGCUCUCUGGCACAUAGCCAGCAUAAGCUGUGUGUCCACUUCCUCUUCAUGCUGCCCCUGAGGUCUCUGGGAUUUGCAGUCCAGUAUCACAGCAGCAGGACACUGCAGAGUUACUCAUCACAUCCUCUUCCUGCUUCCGGGUACCUCUGGGAUUUGUAGUCCACAGUUGCUGCCAGCAGUAAUUUUGAUCAUGGGAAGGGGUGUUUAGCCCCCUCUGACUCCAGCCCCCCUCCCCCUCAGCUACAUCCCCAGCUAGGCUUGCAGCUCUCCCAUUCCUCCCCACAACUCCUUUGUCAACCAGCCCACCCUGCUCCAGCUGGCCAGCAGAGAGGUGGGGCCAGCCCAGGGCUUCAAAGCAUGUUGAGAUAGUGGGGGACUGUGAUUUAACUUGAACCAAGAUGGGGUCUGUGUGAGGAGAGAGAAGAACCCCAGAGAAGUAAAAUGGCCCCACCUGUAUUGCAAAAACUCCGCAGGGCUCCUUCUUCACCUGGUGUUUCAGGAAGGGAGGGGGAGUCAGCUGGAACUCCAAGAUAAAAGGAGACAUGGGGCAGGCAAAAGAGGGACACAGGACACCGGAAGAGACUGACUCAGGCAGUGAGACGGCAGGGAGAGCCGGAGGUGCUGAGGAAGCAAGGGAGACCAGGCUUAAGGGAAGCUACUCUGUGUAGGGAGCUGCCAGGGAAGAGAGCCCUGAAGGAAAUGCGGGGAGAGAAACAGAAACUGCUGGAGGCAGUUAGAAGGUACCGUAAUUACCCUAAUAGCAGGGCUGAAGAAAAGGGUACUGCAAAGUUGGGACUAUAAGGGCAAAGGAAGUGCCAGUUUGGUUUUUUUGUUCUCCUUUUUGUUAGGGUGAGAGAAAAGUCACCCCAGAUAGUGUGUUUACAACUGUCAGGACAAUAAGCCAGGAAAAAGACUGGCUAGGAUUACUGGCAGGUCUGUGCCAGGUUCCAGCCGGGUGAGGUACAACCGGGCCCAUCGGGGAUACUGAUUGGCCAGACCUAGAGACCCAAGGAGCGUUUUUUUUGUACUGCUCAAAGGCAGAUUGCAGAGACAACUGAAUUACCACCCGGGGGAACGGGUGAGGGUGUAGGGGUUGGUGGAGCCCUCAUUGCACUAAAACAAAUUGCAAGAGCCAAAGCAUCAAGAUCCAAAUGCCCCGGCAUUCUAUUUUCUUCCAUAACAACAAGUUGUGGCAGGCAAGAUUGCGGAGGUGUGGGAGGGGCCAGCAAGAUGUCACAGUGGACUUUGGCUUGUUAGCCGAGGUGCUAAAGUUGUCUUGGUGUAGAAGAUAGAGUAAAAAAAGGAAAAAAAGCUGCUCAGACAAGUGAUGAGCUCCAGAGAUUGACGGCACCUAAAUCGAUAGAGACAAGCCUCUACCAAAGAUAGGGGCAGGACUUUUGGAGUGAAAGCCCACUAUUGGACAGUCUGGGACAGAUGUUUCAUAAACUGGUUUGACCCAAAUCGGUUAAGUCUGAUGCUGCAUUCAACCAGAUUUAUCUUAAACCAGUUUCAGCCAUUUAAAAAUUAUUUUAAAAUAAUUUAAAAACUAGUUUAUGUGCGCUGAGCUUCUGUUCUGUUACAGGUUUAAACCAGUUUCUGAUCACUUAAACCGGUUUGUGUGUAACUUCUAUCCCUAGCCUUAGUGUGAUGAGUUGUGCAAGGAAGUACUAUUUGGUAGAGUCUGACAUUAACCACACUCUUCACAUAUUUUAAUGCAUGUCUUACUCAUUAAUUUAAGACCACAAGUGCCCUUUUAGAACCUAAUAUACAGCUUGUUGAAGUCAAUCCCAGGUCUACGAUUAGAUAUGUACUCUAAUUUUACUGAAAAUGGUCAUUACAUUGAGUGCAAAAGUAAAGAAAAGUACACUAUGUGAGCAUAAUUUGUCCAGUGCUGAACUGUAAUGGCAUAAAAUCCAUAUAGAUUAUGACUAACUACAGGCAUACAGCGUUCCAUUUUCUAGUCAAUAAAAUAUUGAUCUUUUGUUCUA